AUGACAUGCCAGAGAGGGAUGCACACGCAGAGGGCGGCCACGUCUCGACCACGGCAAUUCAAAGUAGCCACUCCAACAAGUCCCUCGUGGCUACGAAACAGCCGACAAUUCUCCGCCAGCCAUGCACCCCGCCACGGUCACCUAGACCCUCCUAGGCCUGGGGAAGAACGAAAGGUUACAUUCAUAGACAAGGAUGGCCACUCCUCGACCUUUGAAGUCGCCGACGGCGACAAUCUCCUUGACGUUGCCCAAGCAAACGACAUAGAAAUGGAGGGCGCCUGCGGAGGCUCAUGCGCCUGCUCGACCUGCCACGUUAUUGUCGAAGACGAGGCCUACUACGAAAAGAUGGAAGAGCCCGACGAUGACGAAAACGAUAUGCUCGACUUGGCUUUUGGCCUCACUGAGACGAGCAGACUGGGCUGCCAGGUCAAGAUGAGCAAGGAGCUGGAUGGGCUGGUAGUACGGUUGCCGAGCAUGACGAGGAACUUGCAGGCAAGCGAUUUCGAGAGCAAAUAA